UCUGAACGCACCAGUCGGCCCAGAGAGCGCUUCGAGGACAGACGCGUGCGCGUUCCGAAUUUAAAAAGUUCCCGCUAUUAAAUUAAAAAGUUUCUUACUUUGAGUUUGGUCUGUGGAUUUAGUGUUGUGUUAUCGUGUUUUGUGAAAAGCUAUACAGGAAGGUUUUUUUCUGUUUCGUGGUUUAAUGACUUUCCACGUUCAGUUAUAGCCCGGUGACUGACAAAGGGCCGGCACCAUGCUGCAGCAGAUCCUGCGGGACAUGUGGGUGGACCCGGAGAUUCUGGCCGAGCUGGAUGAGACCCAGAAACAGACGCUGUUCUGCAAGAUGCGGGAGGAACAGGUGCGGCGGUGGCAGAUCUGGGACCAAAAGCUCUGCAAAGAAGAAACGACGGACAGGCCUAAGAAGAAUGGAAAGAAGCAGGUCAAGUUCUUGCACGGAGAAGAUGGAGAACCGUGGGUCUGGGUGAUGGGUGAGCACGCCAACGACAAGUCCAUAGAAAGCAUCCUGGAAGAGGAGACCCGCGCGCGCGCACUCGCACAAGCACGGGAGGAGGCGCACCAGCUACGCAAGUCCGUUGAGAAGGAGCUCACACAACUCAUCGACUACCGGCCUCUGGAUAGUCUGGAGCAGAAAUUCGACCUAUCCCCAAAAAAUGUCGACUCUAUAGAAGACGCUUUGGAAAUCUACUGCACAGUGGACGAUUUGCGGCAGCGCAUCGCGGCGCUGGAACCUGAAGUGAAAGAGAAGUCCGGAGGAAAAGAAAAGGACUACAGCGACGACAUGAAGCUGGACCUUAAUAAGAACACUCUGCAUUUCAACUUUAUCGAGGGGAAGAGAGAUGGAUUACAGGAUCUGUCUCCAAACAGCGCCACUGACGGUGUCAGUUCACGCGUACUCGCAUGGGAGCGGCGCGUGGCGGGUGCAAGAGCUGGUGAACUACUGCGAGGGAUUAAGGCCAGAAGAGCACGCUCUAUGCGAGACGCCACGCUUAAUGCGCAGGAUGACGCAGCCUGGCGGGAACAAGAGCGUAAAGCCAAGGAAGCGGAAGCCGCGAUGAGGGAGAUAGCGCGCGCGGCGCGCGAGGCGCACCGCCGCUCCGCCGAGCCCGCGCCCGCGCCGCCGCCCUGCCCCAGCCAAGCUGGAAAGCCUCCAAAUCGGGAAGCGGUAGUAGAGUGGUUCCGCAGCCAAGAGCUGCCUCGAGGCGUGGGGCUCGACGAGAACAACAAACCCGUUAACUGGUUCCAUGGUCUCAUCACCCGAACGGAAGCGGAGCAGCUGCUGUCCCGCUGCCUGCCGGGCGCCUUCCUGGUGCGCGUGUCGGAGCGCGUGUGGGGCUACGCGCUCUCCUACCGCGCGCCGCUCGCGCGCUGCAAGCACUACCUCGUGGAGCGCGCGCCCCAAGGGUACCGGCUGCUGGGCGGCAGCCAGGCCACGCACGAUACACUAGCUGAUCUCAUAGCGUACCACAAGACGGUGGCCAUCACGGAGAGCGGCGGCGAGCUGCUCACCGCCGCGUGUCCCCACCAGCAGCCGCCCGCCAUCUUGGAGGCGCUCUAGCGACCCGAACUGUACCACAAGAGUCACAACCAUACCGCAAUGUUGCAGUGGAAGCCCUAAUUAGGGUUGGACAUGAGAAUUUUCUGUUUUCGGCGAUAACUUUUUAGUGUCCUUAAAAAAAAUCUAUGCGUAAUCUAAAUGUGGAAUAGAAUAAUUAUUUAUUGCCACUCACAUAAGCAUACACAUACUAGAAAAUAUACAGAAAAAAGGGUUUCCUAAAAACUAAACAAAAAGGGAUGAUCUCAGCAUUUGCUGUGGUGCAGUGUAGACUAGCAGCUACAGCGCUGGUUUUCAGUUCACCCCCAAUGACUAUUACGAGUAUAUCUACAAUAAAUUUUGCGGUUGUUCAAAUUACAAAUUUGAGAAUUUGUUCAGUUAUCUCACUCAAAAUUUACGAUUAACAACACUAUAAAAAGUCAUAGAAAAAAAUCUCAUGUCCAACAAGUACGGUGUCGUUCCACAGUGCGUAUAUCUGGGUGAUUACAGUCAUGGUCCUAAAUGAUAUGUAGUUCGUGUCAUCCACGAUGACGCGCAUGUCUGUCAAAUCUAACCUUUAAUAACAUGACAUUACGAGUUAAGGCAUGUAUCUUGGUGAAUGACACGAUAUAUACUGAACAACCUUUCUUAUGGGACCAACCAUGAAUUCGCAAAUAAAAUCACCUAUCCCAUGAAACUUUUCGAACUUAGGGUGACCGAAAUGUAUUGGGAUAGGAGUAUUUCUUUAUGCGAUGUUCAUACCAAGUAGUCCUUAUUUAGAGAAAACUAAUUCAGUCAAACCAUCUCAAUCAGUUUUUGUCAUUUCGGAUUAUGACUUCAUAAUAACCCAGUAUAUAUUCGUAGUGUCACAGGAAGAAAUAAGCAUAUCAGAAGGAUAGAAGUAUUGGACUAAAGCGUCACUUACGAAUCGGUAUUCUUUCAAUAGUUCUGGUAAAGCUAGAAAUCCAAUCUUUGGUCUAAUGUAGGUACCUACUUCUUGACUUAAGUUUGCGCUCCAUUAAAAUUGGCUUCCCAGUAUUCCCAGAGAUAUUAAAAGAACCCUCAAAAUCUGAACCAUUUUUGACACCAUUUUACGUUAGAAUUCUUGUUCACUGAUGGUUUCUAACAUGUCGGAGUCUUUACUGUUCAAAAGCCCUAACUUCAUGUUACUGUUCUAUGUAAUUUAGAAGUUAAGGAAUAAGCUAGAAAGACAUCUCAAAUAUUGAGUCACAUUUUGUAGAUCAAACUGGGACCAUUUCUACGAGUCAUGUAUGUUUAGAAAUAAGUUAUGUCUGUAUUAUUCUGAGAUUUGACCACUAUAUUCUAAGUAUUCUUAAGGACGUGAUACCUAUAGGUAGCGAAGCAAAGGCUUUUGUGUUAAAGCUAUACCUAUUCAUUUGUAUAAUUUUAUUUUCGAAAAAAAUAAUUAUCAAUUUGUUUUUAGAUACGAAAUAUUCUAUUUCUUUUCAACUUCUGGUAACAAUCGUUAGAAGAAAGCCAUAAAAAGUCCUAAUAAGAAGUUAGUCUCGAAUAAAUAUUGUUUAUACUCAGGUAUCAACCUAGCAUUUACUUGUAUGAAUUGUUUUAUUAUAUUACUUUAUGGUAAUUGUUGAGAGGCCUUUAACUGCAAUAUGAAAUAGCGUAUUUUGGUGCUAAUAAACUAAGCACUAUAGCUCUAUGAUUAUCAAAUAAAAUAAAAAAAGAUUGGUUUUUGACGUUGUCGUCACACGGACUUCAAUACGCGACGCCAUUUUGGAUGUUGCCAGCACUUUCCCGCGUUAAUGAACAAAUGUUAGAUUUAAUGGAAUAGUUAUUUAUUGUGAUAAUUACCACAUCUGCUUCAGUAUUAUUUAAAUUGCUUUCUCUAAGCGAAACCCGGAUUCUAACAAGCCAAAGUGAAAUUCAAAUUAGAUACGGAGUUCUCAGCUUCUGACAAGUUAAGAUCUAUAUAAAUAUUUUUAAACGAUCUAUAUGCCAUUGUCGUUUGUAGAUAUACCAUAGAUCUACGAUAUUGUACUCUAAACUGCCAACUAGAUUAAAAAAUAUGUCAAUUA